UUUAAUAAAAAAAACACAUUUCUUUGGCCCGAAGAAAAAAGAUGAUUCUAUUCCAUUACAUAACUCGUAAUUGAGUUAGCUAACUUAGCCCACAAGUCACUAACACCACACCGCCGGAGGAUACCUAAUCGCCGUUGACCCAAAAAUUUUGUACAGAAAAAGGUAACAUCUGAAAUGACUAACAUACCCCUAUACAGAUUUACUUGCCGACGUUGAUUUAGCCGAAAGAGUAUAGGGCUAUAUAAGUAAUUUCGGUUCUACGAUGGGUAUCUCCAUGAACUCCAUAAAGCCGACUUCACGAGCAUUCGAAUAUUUUGAUUCUCUCAGUUCAUUUAAGCUUCCCUCGGCUGCAUUUGACUUUGAACUGUAGAAUCCAUAUAUCAAUGGCUUCAUAUACUGCAAGCCCAAAUUUUGUAGCUUCCAAAGCCAUCAAAUCUAUCAAAUUUCGUGCUCCCAAGAGCUCUUCAUCAUCAUCAUCAUCAUCAUCGUCAUCAUCAUCAUCGUCAUCAUCGCCGCCAAGGAAUGUAAAGCUUUAUAAUCGAACGAUUGAUUCUUUCUCAGCUCGGUUACUGCUUCAGAACCAUGCUAAUUUCAAGCUCAGUGGAGCUCCUGUUCGAUUUAUGUUCUACAAGGUUGGGAUGUGGAUUGAUUUUUCUAGAGAAAUUGUGGCUUCUCUUUGUUCGUGCUUUCUAGACCGGACUUCGGCGAUUGAUAUGGUGAUUGAAGGGUCAAAUUACCAUUUUGAUUUUCUCGGUAUGUUGCAGAUUCAUUUGGGGGCUGGGAAUCAGAGAUCGAUUGCUUGGAUUGAUGAGCAAGGUAAGUGUUUCUUCCCUAAACAAUUUAUCGGAGAUGAAUUUGAGAUCUACGAUGUAGAGAAUGCGAAUGUAGAAAUUGAGAUCGAAGUCAAAGGGAGUUUGGAGCCGAAAUUGGGUAAAAGGAUGAGAGAAGAAGAGAAGAUGGUGGAACAUCAGGAGGAGGAGGAUAAGGAAGUGAGUUCUUCGUAUAGGCAUGGAGUAAUGCCAAAACGGCAUUGUAUUAAGGAUUCCAAGCUGGAAAAUCCUCGAUGGCCGAACACGAAAUUGCUGAGAGAAGAAGAGAACGCUUAUACGAUUGUCAGGAGCAUAUUUCUGCGUGGGAUUAGGAAGAUUCAUCCCGGUGCUAUCAUCGCCACGAUUCAUCAGUGCUCGCGCAUGCGGCCAUUGGAGAAAGCUCAUCGCGAAAUUUUUUCAAAGCAAAUUGAAAUUACUAAGGCUGCUCGGGGGACAUCGAAUAUGGUUUAUGCCUGGUUUGGGGGAUCAGCACAAGCCAUUGCAGGCGUUUUGGCACAUGGGUUUAGUGUGGCUGGAAAGCUUUCUGGCUCCGAUGCUAACGCGGCCGGUGUCCGUCUCUCCCCCUUGGCCAAUCCUUUUAGAAGUGCUAUGCAAUCGAAGGCGGACGAUAAUGGCGAAAAACAUAUGAUACUUUGCCGAGUUAUAUUGGGUAACGUUGAAAAAGUUGAGGCAAGUUCCCAACAAUAUUAUCCAUCUAGUUCAGAGUUCGAUACUGGGGCUGAUGAUCCCACGAAUCCCAACUGGUAUGUCGUAUGGUCCACCAAUAUUAGCAGGCACAUUCUUCCGGAUUGUGUUGUGAGCUUCAAAUCUUCUGCAAACAAACAAGCUGAUCUGGGAGGGUUUGCACUAACUAAGUACACAUUUGCUGAACUGUUUAGUAAGAUAAAGUGUUCCCUUCCUCCGGUGAAAGUUCAGGAAUGUAUAACUUUGUACAAUUCACUAAAGGAUGGAAAAAUUUCAAAAGACAUUUUCAUCAAGCAGUUCCGGUUGGUUGCUGGAGAGAAGGUUCUAUUAUCUGCAAUUAGGGAGAUUUGUGGCUCAGAAUGAGGUUGAUUUGAGAUUUAAAUACGUCCAUCUUAGUAUAGCCAAUCAAUAUUAACCAAUGUAAUGUCCUCCUACUACGUUAGAACUAGGAUUUAGAUAGAAAGGGCUACAGUAAACUGAAUAGCAAAAUUUGUUUCUUCCUUGGAUUCUCCAUGCUACAAAAUUGUGGCACCAAGUUCAUUCUUUUAGCGUUCAUUUUAAAGUCAAUGGUCUGAGUUGGCAUAUCCAUACUUAGACUAUGUUGAAGGGUAUACCGGUACAAUACAAGGAAUCGUUUUAUGUACACAGAUAUCAAUAUACACGAUCAUGUUUCUUAUUAAAUUUAAUGGUGGCUGCCAUAUUAAUAUCA